AUACAGCCGCAGCUGAUGACGUCUUCCAGGUUCAGUGUGUUUAGAGCUGGCAUCUCUUUUGUCAUGAUGUGCAUUUUUUAUACAUCAGCAGUAGACUCUCCAGAGCUGAGUCCUCAGACAUUCUUCAGUACAUUGCAACCAGGAAAAGCCACCUUAGUUUAUUUUUGUCAAGCUGAGUCUCCAAGAACUUCUAUGUUUCUUGAAGAACUGAAUGAGGCUGCUAAACCUCUCCAGGACUAUGGAAUUUCAGUAGCAAAGGUUAAUUGUGUCACAGAAGAAACAUCGAAAUACUGUGGAAGUGAAAAGGAUUUGAUGAAAGCAUAUUUAUUCAGGGGCAACAUACCACUGAGAGAAUUCCCAACGGAUACCUUGUUUGACGUGGAUGCUAUCGUUGCUCAUGUUCUCUUUGCUCUUCUUUUUAAUGAAGUAAAAUAUAUUACCACCCUGGGAGACCUUCAGAACAUAGAAAAUGCUCUAAAAGGGAAAAGAAACAUUGCAUUCUCAUAUGUCAGAGCCAUUGGAACACCAGAGCACAGAGCUGUCAUGGAAGCCGCUUUUGUGUAUGGGACCACAUACCAAUUUGUCUUAACCACGGAAAUUGCCCUUCUGCAAAGUAUUGGCCCCGAGGAUAUAGAAUAUCCACAUCUCUACUUUUUUUACUGUAAACCAGUCUUGGACUUGACCCAGCCAUGUAGGAGAAUACUAAUGAAAGAGUCACUGACUACACUGAACAUUCAUCGAUUUAUUAAGACAAUGGAAGCACCUCUGCUGACUGAAGUUGCUGGAGAUCCUAGACAAGUUUCAACUGUUCAUCUACAACUAGGAUUACCACUGGUUUUUAUUGUUGGUCAACAAGCUACUUAUGAAGCUGAUAGAACAACUGCAGAAUGGGUUGCUUGGCGUCUUCUGGGAAAAGCUGGAGUUCUACUUUUGUUAAGGGACUCUUCAGAAGUGGACAUUCCUCAGGAUACUAAUGUUAUCAUCAGAAGAGCAGAAGAGGACACACAAGUGGAAUUUUUGGCAUUAAGUCAUAUUGAUUUAAUAGUAUUCCAUCUGGAAAGUACCAUGAACAUUGAGGAAAUGGCCAAAUAUGAAGACAUGGAAGAGCUAAAUAUAGAAAUUCAAGAUGAUGAAGUGGAAGAAACUGUUUACAGAGACAGGAAGAGACAGUUACCUUUGGAACUCACUGUGGAAUUAACGGAAGAGACAUUUCAGGCGACAGUAACGGCUUCUGACAGCAUAGUGCUUUUCUAUGCUGGCUGGCAAGCAGUAUCCAUGGCAUUUCUGCAGUCCUAUAUCGAUGUGGCAGUUAAACUGAAAGGCACAUCCACUAUGCUGCUUGCUAGAGUAAACUGUGCAGAUUGGUCUCAUGUGUGUACCAAGCAAAAUGUUACUGAAUUCCCUGUUGUAAAGAUGUACAAGGAAGGCCAGAACCCGGUAUCUUACACUGGUAUGCUGGGAACUGAAGACCUCUUAAAAUUUAUUCAACUCAACAGGAUUUCAUGCCCAGUGAACAUUACGUCUGUCCAAGAAGCAGAAGAAUAUUUAAAUGGGGAAUUAUAUAAAGACCUAGUCUCCUAUUCUAGCAUGUCAGUACUGGGACUGUUUAGCCCAACCAUGACAAGAGCGAAAGAAGAGUUCACUGAAGCAGGAAGCUACCUAAAAGGAUAUGUUACCACAGGAAUUUAUUCCCAAGAAGAUGUUUUGAGACUGUCAAGUAAAUAUACCGUAACUCUUCCAGCCCUGCUGCUUGCCAGACACAAAGAAGGCAAAAUAGAGAGCAUUCCAUUAGUUAACGUCCAUGUGCAAGACAUAGUUCAAAUAAUAACAAAUGCAUCACUGGAAACAUUUCCAGAGAUCACUGUGGAAAAUCUUCCCACUUAUUUACGACUUCAGAAACCGUUACUUAUCUUAUUUAGUGAUGGUGGCAUAGAUCUUCAGCAUGAAAAAACAAUACUGAGGCUGGCAAAAAAGAAAUACUUGGAUUCAGUUACUCCUUGUUGGUUAAAUCUGAAGAAGACGCCAGUGGGAAGAGGAGUCUUACAGGCAUAUUUUGGUACCCUGCCUCCCCUUCCUCUUCUUGUUGUGGUGAAUCUGCAUUCAGGUGGCCACGUGUUUGCAUUUCCUUCAGACCAGGCUGUCACUAAACAGAACCUUUUAUUGUGGCUGAAGAAAUUAGAAGCAGGACUAGAAAGUCCUAUCAAAGUUUUACCUGCUCAGGAAUGGAAGCCUCCUCUGCCUGCUUAUGAUUUUCUGAGUAUGAUGGAUGCGGCAGCAUCUGAGCAUCUUGCUCAGAAAGUUCCCGAGUGUAUAAAAGAAACUGACGUGCAUGAAAGUGAUAAAGAACAGCCUGACGAUAAAUCUGCCACCACAGAGGAAUCGAUUGGAGCAUUGAAAAUGAAGCAUUCGAGCAGAAGUAGUUGGUUUGAAGAAACCAAAAAACCACUCAGGCAUGAUAAUCAAGAAUUAUGA